AUGAUGAGGUUUAUCCCCAUGGGUCGGUGGGUUACUCUCGGCAUUCCCCCAGUCCGCUCUCCCCCAGUCCCCCCUCCAACAGUCUCCUCUCCCCCAGUUCCCACUCCCCACUCCCCCAGUUCCCACUCCCCCACUCGUCGAAUUCGCGACAACUCUCUGCCGACCCCUCGCUUCCUUCCUUCCCCAGUUAACGUGACUUUCACAAAAGGAGAGGAGGCUAUCCUUCAGUGUUCUAUAGAAAACCUCGGCGCCAGAGUGGUUGUCUGGCGGAAGGCCUCUGAACCCAAUCCUCUGACCAUCGGCCUGGUACCAUACAUAGAAAACCCUCGCCUGAGUGUAACCCAUGACAAGAGCCGAAGCCAUUGGAAACUCCAUAUUAAAAACGUGAAGCCUCGACAUGCAGGAGUUUACGAAUGUCAGAUCAGUUCAAAAAGCAACCUCAUUAAACUCAUCAUGUUGCGUGUAAACGAUUCUCCGAGUCAGAUAAAGCCGUCCAUACAAAUCAGCGGUACAGAAGUUGUUGACGUUGGCCAGCCAAUCAAAUUGCAGUGUAACGUCACCGGAGGGAGCAAAUCUUUACAAGCUUUGGACUGGUUUAAAGAUGGCGAUAAAAUGACACCAAACUUCGCAAACAAGAUAUCUAUAUCCAAGUUUGAAGUGACGGGGACAAACACAUUUACAAGCUAUUUAGAAAUAGAGCAUAGUAAAAUAGAAGAUUCUGGCACUUAUUUGUGUCGAAAUACUGAUGUGGAAGUUGCCAGGAUGUAUGUCAGUGUUCUCAAUACACAAAGUAUUAACAAGAAAAGGGGUGGUUCAGCGAAGGAGAACACAAAUUCAAAGAGUAACAGGGCGCCUGCGCGGUUGGACUUCUCUACCAACAUCCGCUUCCUAUUAACAGCGUUGUUAAUUGCUUUAUCCAGGGUUGUUUGGGGUUCUUGA